UGCCUGGCCUCGGCGGCGACGGCGGCAAUAGCAGCCCGCGCAGCUCCAGUAGCAGCCGCAUCAGUGGCAGCAACCGCAGCAGCAGCGGCCCCCCGGCCGCAGCACGGGCUCCCCGCGGGUGCAGGCGGCCGGGGCUGGGUUGGACCAGCGGCGACGCUCCACUGCCCCUGCUUUGCAUGCACCUGCCCUACCUCUGCCAGGAAGAGCCGGGGGGUGGCGGGGAAGCGGGGCGCGGUUGGGAGGAGCCGGCGCCCGGGAGCCUUUGAAAUGAGCGUGCCCGAGCAGGGUCCUGCAGCCGCCGCCGCUGCAGCCGCUGCCUUCAUGAUGCUGCUGGUGGACGGGGACGGGGUUGGGGACAGGGAGCAGUCGGAGUCACAGCCCGAGCAGCUGCACAGCGGGGCGCAGGAGCUCGCCCUCUUUCUCACCCCCGACCCCGGGGCCGAGGUGAAGGAAGUGGAAGCCACCAUUGAGGAUAUGCUUCUCAGGCUGGAGGAGUUCUGUGGCCUGACUGACAUGAUCAGGAAUGACACGUCGCAGAUUCUGGAUGAAAAUAUUCCCCUUGUUAAAGCCAAAGUGAUGGAGAUGAGUGGCAUAUACACCAAAGUGGACAAAUUAGAGGCAUUUGUGAAGAUGGUGGGACACCAUGUCUCCUUCUUGGAGGCACAAGUGCUUCAGGCCGAGAAGGAUUAUGGAACAUUCCCUCACACCAUUCGAAAGUGGUUACAGUCAACCAGUUUGCCUGCCUUCGGAAAUAGACAGCCCGCACCAGUUCCACAGAUGUAUGAACUGCCCACACUCUACAGAACUGAAGACUACUUUCCCAUGGAUAUGCCUGGAACAAAGUGUCCAACACCAUAGUGGAUGUCCAUUCACUUGCAGCUUUUUCAGAGAUGCUGUUUCAAUCUCCUGGUUCUUGAUGGUUGAGAAUGAAAUACCAUAUAUUUAAUAGCUUGGCUUUUUAAGAAAAAAUUUUAAACUUUUCUCUUGCUUCUUUAUAAAAGUUUUUGUGUGAAAUGCAGCUCAAAAACCCUAUCUGUGCCCAUGUGUCUGAGAUUAGCCAGAUAAACUUGAAUGUUAAAGUGCACACUGUCUGGAUAUUGCCCAUAUGCAUGUUUUCCUUUCCUACUUAAUGGUGAUCAAUAAGAGGAAUAAAAGUCACAGCCUUGGCUUGUUUACUGUG